UUUUCCUUUGUGAUAGAGAAUACUUGUCAAUUUAUUUAUGCUGGAAAUUUGUACUGCAGUCAUCAGAAAAAUAAAAAGAAGAAAAAAAAUUAGAGAGAUAUUUUGGGGUUAAUCCAAUCGUAUUCAUUGCCUCGAUCAGUCCUCUCCUUUCCAUUACAUUCCCUCGACAGUUUUCACUUGAAACUUGAGAGGGAAUGUUUUGUGUCCCCCACAUAACCUGCAAGAUGCAGCAUCAGAAGAAGAUGAUCAGGUGCUUGCUUUUCAUUUCUUUGUUGAUCCAUUCAACUUUAGGGAAGAUAUCUGCAGUGGCUCCACCAUCACAGAAAUGGCUGACAUUAAAUGGUAACCAGCCACUUGUAAUAGCCCGAGGCGGGUUCUCGGGGCUGUUUCCUGAGUCGAGCUCAUUUGCGAAUCAAAUGGCACAGUCUUUGAGUCUGCAAGGUACAGCUUUGUUCUGCAAUCUGCAACUAACAAAAGAUGGCAUUGGUAUAUGCCUCUCUGAUAUUAGGCUUGAUAAUUCAACCAAUAUGGCACUUGUACAUCCAAAGGGGCAAAAGACCUACGAUGUAAAUGGAAAGCAAGUUCAUGGGUGGUUUGCUCUGGAUUACACAAUCGAUCAGCUAUUCAACAAUGCAUCAUUGACCCAGGGAAUACUCUCUCGACCAAGUUUGUUCGAUUUACAAUCACCUAUAUCCACCAUUGAAGAUGUAACAGGAAUUAAACCAGCCCAAUUUUGGUUGAAUGUUCAGUAUGAUUCAUUCUACAACCAACACAAACACAGCCCGACAUCAUUCGUUGAAAAGGCAAUGAGACUUAUGGUUAUCAAUUACCUUUCAUCUCCUGAGAUCGGCUUCUUGAAGAGCAUGAAUGGGAAAGUGAACAAAGCCAAGACAAAGCUCAUCUUCCAGGUCUUCACUGCAGAUGAGAUUGAACCCACAACCAAUCAAAAGUACGGUUCCCUGCUGCAGGAUCUUGCAUCAAUCAAGUCAUUUGCAUCUGGGAUCCUUGUCCCCAAAGAAUACAUAUGGCCAGUAAAGGCAAACAAGUAUUUGGGGGACGCUCCUACUAGCCUAGUAUCUGAUGCUCACAAACAAGGACUAGAAGUAUAUGCUUCUGGUUUUGCAAAUGAUCUUCUUGGAAGCUAUAAUUAUAGUUAUGAUCCAACAAACGAAUACCUUCAGUUUGUUGAUAAUUCCGAGUUCUCUGUCGAUGGGGUGCUUACAGACUUCUCUCCUACAGCAUCAGAAGCCAUUGGAUGCUUUGCAAAUAACAAGAACGUAAGCAAGCCCGUCAAAGGAAAAGCUUUAAUUAUCACCAAAAAUGGAGCAAGUGGGAUUUAUCCUGGCUGCACUGAUCUUGCUUAUCAGCAAGCAGUAGAUGAUGGUGCAGACAUAAUAGACUGCUCAGUUCAGAUGUCCAAAGAUGGAGUGGCCUUCUGCUCGGAUACAGCUGACCUCAUCGGAGAUACAACUGCAAUGACUACUUUCAUUUCCAGGUCUCUCACUGUACCAGAAAUUCAAUCCAAGGCCGGAGUCUUUUCAUUUGACCUUACAUGGAGCGAGAUUCAAACCUUGAAGCCACAAAUUGCGAGUGUGUACCAGGACUUCCAGAGAAACCCAGCAUACAAGAAUGCUGGUAAGUUUACUACCCUUCCCGAAUUUCUGGAGUUAGCUAAAGCAAAGGCAGUUUCUGGAGUUUUGAUCAAUAUUCAGAAUGCUGCCUACCUAGCAUCAAAGAAGGGGCUUGACAUUGUCGGUGCUGUUAACACUGCCUUGAGCAAUGCCACCUUCGACAAGCAAUCCACUCAGCAAGUCUUGAUACAAUCCGAUGACACUUCAGUGUUGUCCAAGUUUAAGAAUGUCCCAACCUACAAAAGAGUACUGUUGAUUGAAGAGAAGAUAGGUGAUGCACCAAAACAACUAGUGGAGGAAAUCAAGAAGUAUGCUGAUGCAGUUGCCAUCACAAGGUCAUCCAUCAUUCAGAUUAAUGAUUUCUUCACCACGGCUAUGACAAAUGUUGUUGCGGAAUUUCAGAAAGCCAAUAUCUCGGUGUAUGUCUAUGUCCUUAGGAAUGAGUACAUCACACUGGCAUUUGACUAUUUCUCAGACCCUAUUAUGGAGAUAGCUACUUUUGUUGAUGGAGUUGGAGUUGACGGGAUCAUAACUGAAUAUCCAGGAACUGCAAGCAAGUACAUCAGGAGCCCAUGUACCAACACAGAUAAACCCCAAUACAACAUCUUACCAGCUCAAGCAGGUUCUCUACUUUCCUUGGUUCCUCCUGAAGUACAGCCACCAGCAGCAGCCCCUCUUCCACCCCUCGAGGCCUCAGACGUUGUGGACCCACCUCUUCCUCCUGUGGCCAAAGACACUGCUGCUGCUACUCCUGAUCCUGCAACACCUACUGUAGCACCUUCAAGUGCACCAGCAAAUGUUACCAGCGUGUGUCUCUCUCUGGUCUCAAUUGUGGUCCUUGCUUUGUUUAUGGGAUACUAAGACGAUGGACCAAGUAUAAUCUGGCAUUGUUUGUCCCUGCUGCCUCUUGACUUUCACUUUUUCUUAAUUAUUUUUCCUUUUUUUUUUUUUUUUUUAACUCGUGAGUCUGCAUUGUGUAGUAGACAUUGACAAAUAGGUUGCAUAUCAUUAAAAAGAUUUGAUUUGAGUGGCAUAUUUAUAUCGAUUAUGAUUCGCUGUAGACUGUAAUUUCUUCUCCUGACUUUCAAACACUGUAAACAAACACUGGGAUUCAUACCCAACAGAGUCAAAAGCUUUUUUCUUUGGAAAAAUCUUAACUGUGAUCGUCACAUCUGAUGUUGUAUCGAUUACUCCGCCCACACAAUUUCUCAUUCCACGGUCCCAAUGGAAUUGAAUGUCAUUGAUAUCUUUAAAACUAGAUAUUUACUGGAAAGAAAAUAUUUUAGAGCUGUACACAUCCCAUUCCAAUUCAAGUACAUUACUAGAUCUCGCAUGUCUCACAGCCCAUAUGAAAAGACGAUCCCACAUGACAUAAAAUGCCUCAUGAAGACAAGAAGAUGAGGUAAAAAUCAAAUCUUUACACGGAUUUUAUGACUGGAAAAUGUGGGAAACAGUUGCAAAAACAGUUGAAAAUAAUACCCAUUUCUGAAGUCAUGCACUUCACAGCUCCACCUACUGUCUUCCUCGAAUAGCAUUGUACUAACUUUUUUUUUCUUUGAUAACUAAAAUGAAAUGCAUUCGACUUACCCAUGUCGUCAAGAUUAAUAAAGCUAUCUGUCAUGCUUUAGAUUUUAAAAAUUAAAUCAUAUCAUUUUUAACUCAUUAUUGGAGAUGUAAAAGCCGUCUCCAUGGCCAGCUCUGAUGGAAUAUCAUUGAAGUUGGAUAACUGAAAGCAUCUCUGCAUUCAGUUACCGCUAAUAAUUUGUACAGAUUACGGAAGAAAGAAAAAAGAAAGUCAAUAUUUAAUAUUCAAUCUAUCUAAAAAAAGAACGAGAUGAAAAGAGAGAGCGAGGCUCAGAUUCGCCUUUCUUCAGACAAAGGAGAAAGGGCAGGGCAUCCCCGGCCAUGGCUGCAACAAAGAGCUGCCUGUGAAAAAAGGCCAUUAUAGCCAUUUGACACAGGACCCUCGGAGUCGCCCCGCCAAGAAACGGGUCAGUCCAUUCCCGGUGUCUGAUUCACAAGCUAAAACAUCAUCACCGCCUCAUAACUUCGCUUGCAAAUGCAGAGACAGACAGACAGAUAGACAGAGACAGAGACAGAGUGAAGGGCAGGUUUGGCAAUUAAGAAAAUCAUCGGCUCCGCAGUCAUUCAGAGAGUGGCGAACGCCCGCCGGGCGGCCUCCCCGAGAGCAGAGCCUCAUUCUUAAACUAAUGAGAUUGAACCCUAAGAGUGUUCCACGGACCUCAGUUUAUAGUACCCAUUCUUUUCCCACUAUCUUCGACUUGUUCCAUGUUUACCCUUCUUUCCCGUUCAUCCUCCCAACUCCCAAC